AUGGCAGUUUUCAUUUUCUGGGCGAAGGCUCACACUCCUGGGUGCUCACCUGGUCCAGCAGUCUCCCAAACCAUUGCCCUAGGCAUUUGGCUGUUGGCUAGGAAAGGUAGCCUAGACACCCAGUCCCGCUGGUUGGGUCCUAUGCAGGACCUAAGCAUUUGCCCUAUUGUUCACUGGACCCCAAUAAGUUUGUUCAGGUAUCCUGUGAUAUUUAUAGACCUUGGCAAACAUGAGUUUGGCAAUUUCCUUGGCCGUCGUGUGCUCACUGUCACCCAUGAUGAGCAAGAUACUAUUUAUGUUGCUCAUCAUGCUCCUGAUGUUGCCAGAGGUCUUUUCCCUCGAGGGCACUACAUUUCAAUUCCAACAUCACACGGUGAGGCCUUUGACAUUGCUGUCAGUCACGUCCUCCUUGCCCUCCUCUCCCCAAACACUAUGCCAAAGGAGAAAGGUGUCUCAAAUCUCAAGCAGAGGGACCUGGUCAACAAGCGUUCUCAUCGACAAGACAGAUAUGAACUCAAUACAUCGGGUCUAAGCAACAAAUCUCUAACGCUACUCUCCAACCUCCAAAACUCAGACGCAGAGCCUACCUUUGCAAUGGAUGUCGAUGAUCCUUCUAUGGACCCAGACCUUGAAUGGGAGACUGUCCCAGAGAUGUUGAAGGAUGAUGACACAUUCAUGCAUGUGGUUUGGGAUAUUGUUGGAAGCCAGUGGAGAGUGUAUAAAGAUGGGCGAACAUGGUGCCAGCGUGUUACUCGCCUCCAAGAAAACUGGGCACCUAUCAUCAAGGAUUUGACUCUGGCCUACCUAGCUUGGAAGUACCCUUCAGAGUCUCCCCCCAACAAUGCAGUACCCCCACCACCACCACCAUCAUCACCUUCAAGUUAUGACUUUGACAUUGAAUGCAUCGACAUUUACACACUAUCUAAUACAACUCAUAUCCAGCGCAAUGCCAGUGUCAAGACCGCAUCUGAGGCUCUUGUUCUGAAUGGUUAUAUUGGAGCUACUCCACAGUCACCCUCCAUUGCUAUCUCACUUCGCACAUUGGAACUCGCUGAGGCCUUCACAAAGGUUCUGUGCGAUCUUUAUAAUAUGCCUUAUCGCCGCAGAUAUCAAACGUGCCUGGUAGGCGCAUUUGAUAUCUACAACAUCAUCCUCCAUCAAGUUGAACAUCAAGUUUCUGAAGCCCUUGGCUGCAAUUCACCCAACUGGCAUGUCUUAAAUGUUUGUCCACCAUGCUCAUUCGAGCUUGAGGGCGAACCACCACUUCUCUAUCGGUGUAUGAUUGUUUUUGAUGGCAAUAACUCCUUAUCUCGAAUGGCGCCACUUGGUGGCCGCAAAGUGUUACAAGAACAUCUAGAUGCUUGGGCCCCUACCAUUUUUCUCCUAAUCCUCCUCGUAUCAGCCCUUGCAUCAUACCCUUACCCCGACCUUACCCUGGUCAUCCUUGUCAUCCUCGCAUUCCCCUUCGCUCUCUAUCUGUCGCUUCAGCAAAGCCAGUACAUCUGGCCGGAUCCUUUCGCUGACGAAGCAUACCCAUGCUCCAUUCCACCACCUGACUGA